AGCAUCGGUUGCGCGCCACAUCAAGCCCCACAAACUGGGCUAGUAUGGUCAGCCCAGCCAUGUCUCCCAUGGGAGGACAGGAGAGCCCAGGGAAAAGUCUUUGGGAGGCAUUGCCGAAUGCCGGGGUAGUUAUUGACGUUGGCGACAUCCUCUACACCUACAAGCGGGCUGUGAAAGGUGCCACAGACAAGUGGCAGGGCCUUGAGCUAGCCCUGGGCCACUUCAGUGGGAAGCAGGCGACGGCGGUUCUUCCAAGCCGCCAUGCACGAGGACUGCCAGCUCAGCUAAAGUCUGAGAUGCUGGACGUGGUGACCGCACCGGAAGGCCUCUCCUUGGAACUUCUUGAGUCUGUGGCUGCUUCGACAGGACUUGUGCUGAGCAAUCGGAGGCUCAGCAUAGGCAAAGCCUGUUCACAGGUCUACUUUGCCUUUUCCUCCCAGGGCCAGUUCUUCUGCUUUUCCAGGCAUUUGGAGGACCUUCCAACUUCGUGCCAAAAUAGUAGGAGAAAGCGGCACAGCAUCGAGCAUGCCCUUCUCCCAAGGCGUGCCGCUUUGGCUUCUCCGCUGCAAUUCUACAUAGGUUCUGAGGCUGAGACGGACCGGCCCAGUUCAGAGGCAAACCGGUUGAGAGGACGGAGGCUGUCAGCCUGUGGGUAUGCUCAAUGCACAAUAGCCAAGUCAUUCUGAAUCAGAUCAGUUUAUCAUGUGACUCGGAAGUUGCAGUGCCUGGCUAAUUGAUUCCCGGAAGGCAGAAGGCUUUGCAGUGUGUAGUUCACUGCGUCCUUUUUGUGAACACCUUGGCAUGCUGAGGAAUAUUGCCAGCGCACAUUUCAGGUUGAAAACAGGCGUGCCGCGCCAGUGGCCUCGCGCGCCGUAAUUCAAGAAUUCAAUUCCCAUGAGAGCUUCACAUUGGGAAGCUUCAUUUCCUACGGUGUGUGCACGUGCCGGGUCCGGGCAUGCGCAAAUUGUACAGCGGUGCUCGCACGCAGCACCCAAAUUCUGAGUGAGAAUCCGAGUGGCCGAAGGCGCAGAGCGGGGA